GGAAAUCAGGGCCGCAAAAAAGCUAUGCAAGCGCGAUAUGUUUCAAACAGCUCAGAGGUGGGAGACGAGAGGGGAAGUUGGAGCAGUUCUUCAGCUGGAGGUCUGGCAGCCGUUGCUACUCCUACUCCCGAAUUACCAUCACGAUUCCGUUUUCACCAUCACUAUCACCACCAUAGCAAGGCGGGGCAUUCACCGAUUCCGCCAUCAUUACCCUUGCAAUCGCCACUGACAAUAUCUCCAUCCAAGUAUCACCAUCACCAUCACUACUUUAGGUCUCCAGAGUGGCACAAUCACAACGAUGCUUUCACACAUCCGCAUUCGGUUCCACCAGAGAAUUACCGUCCUUUCCCAUGCAAGACCUUGGGAAUUGAAAGCUACGUAACGGAGAACCUGCUCCUGAGUGCUCACAUCGCGAAUUCCAAGGUCAAGUCGCAACAACUGACCGAGCUGCCACUCUUCCAACGCCGUUGCGCUCACGCUCUUGCCGACAUGAUUGUCUCUCCUCACACCAUUCUUCCAGCUCUCAUUGGUGUCUUUCUUCGUCCUGAUGGAACCAGAAGAAGCGCAUUUAACAAGCAACUUUCAGUUUACCUGAAGGCCGCCUACCGUCGCACAGCAAAGAAGCCGAGGGGCCUGCAAAGCAAAUCAGACAUUCCGGCCACUCUUCUACCGACCAUCCUUGCGUUGCUGUUCAGCUAUAUUUGUGGUCUUAUCUUUGGGUGGCAACUUGGCCUUACAAUUGGUCUCACCUCCGUCACGCUUUACCUUACCUUCCUAUGUGUAGUGCUUUAUGGAGGACUUGUUAGGCGUUGGAGGCUGGCACAGAGCGUCGCCGAGACUCUGCUGCGUUACGCCAGGUCCUGGCGUCUUCUCGUGGACAUCCUCUUCUACAGACCACCAGAGCAGAUCCUCGUUCCCACCAAUGUCCGUCUCAAGUUAGGAGCGUCCGAAACCCCAUGGGAAGCUGUAAUACGGCUUUCAGAGAAGGUGUGGGAGGCAGCUUCAUCGAAAUAUUCAGCGACGGCUGUUUACCUGCAAUACGCCAACGAGGACGCGUCUUGUCAAGGCAAGCGACGAUGUCGCAAAGCAUGUUGCGUUCCUGCGUUGGGCUGCUUUAUCCUGUGGAUUCUGUCUCUCCUUACGUGGUCAACUGUCCUCCGAGUGUACAUGAACUCUGGAGAGAGUGCAGACCAGUACAGGCAUGGUUCGAAGAUUGCUUUCAUCGUCUCGGGUGCAGUGGCACUUCUCAGUCUUCUCACCCUGUUGGCGGCUUCACUAAAGUCUGUCCGACGUCUCACCAGGAUUCACCAACGCUUCCGUUCGCUUAUAAAGCAAAGAAAUCAACUCCUACGUUGCACUCCGGACUCUAAGGAGGCUAAAAUCGUUUCCUGUCAUCAGAAUACUGCAGCCGCCUUUACUAAUUCAGCAUCACUGAAACUGACUCAAACUGGGCACAGCCGAGCUCGCCUCUACUUUGAAUAA